UAUUAAAUGACUCAGGUAGCUCCAAUAUUAAACACUCAUCUAGAAAAUAGUUUAACAAAUACAAAACUAUAAAAUGCAUAAGGGAUUGCUAAGAAAAUUAAAAAGAAGGAGAAAGCUUGCUGUUGUAAAAAAUACAAACAGAAAAAAAUAUAUAAAUAUACUUCACCAGAUGAAUCUUCUUUUGAAUGUGAUGGAUGGGAAGAAGAAGACUAAUUUAAUAGAAAAUCAGAAUAUCGAAGAUAAAAUAAAGAAAUAACAGAUCUUAAAUGUGUUGCUUGGAACCUUGAACUCUUUAUCAAAAAUGCAAAAUAAUAACUUGCAUAUUUGGAGGGAACUAUGUAGUCAAAUCAAGUAAGAAAUUGAUUUUCACUUUUUUCUUUAUUUAAAUUUUAUCAACUAUACCC